AUGCCAUCAAGAAACUCGAUAAACAAGCCUAAGCUGACGGCCAGAAAGCCUCAGAGACCCACAGGAAAAAAGCCGAUGCUGCUGACCGCCAGUUCGUCUAGCGGAGCUGCUCUUUCGACCAAAGUCGCCGGAGGUGUGACUACCAAAGUCAUUUCCAAGAAGAGAUCCAAGAAGGACCAGCGAAAUGCUAAGUACCGUGCCGAGUAUCUCAAAGCUCUAGAAACCGAUGUCGCCAUGAACGACGGCGAAGAAGGUCUCUCCAACCGACAAAAGAAGAAGCAGGCCCGACUACAGACCCUGGCGCUCAUUCUUGAGAGCGACCUCCCAGCCGAGGAUAUGGAAUUCGAGAGCACUUCAGGUGGCACCACUCUCGGUGGACCCGUUCUUUAA